ACAAUCACUGCUGACUGUAGUUUCCUGUCCAAUAGCUGAAGCUCAGAAGUCUGAGGCAAGUAUGGUGGGAGUAAAGAGAGAGGAGAGACCGAGUACACAGGACGGAUACUGCUCAUUUUAAGAGUUUAAACAAGUUUGGGACAGUGCUGUACUUGGACUUUGUUUGCAGAAACGCAAUAGAAGGUGAGGAAACCUGCAGCACAGACAAAGAGCAUUCAGUGAGCUGCCCUGCAGAGACACACAAACUUCCCAACAUCUGGUGUGCUGGAGGACGGGGCGAGCCGGAGAGAGAAACUUUGGAGGCGGAGAGAAAACUAUCUUCGCUACAGAAACAUUUGCAUUGAUCUGGGAGUUUGGGGCCAACUACAUGAGCCGUAAAGAGAUUUGGCGGUCGUGUAAAGUGACAAGAGUGAAGGGAAAGAGGAAGGGAAAGGUCUCGGAGGGCGAGAAGUCCACCUGGAGCGGUCAGAGAAUGAAUUAGCCAAAGGUUUGGCUGCACCACGUCCCAGCCAGAGAGACGGCUCACUCCUUGGCCCCUCCACCUCCUCCAAUAAGAGCCAGGACUACGCCCAUGGAUGAGGAGAGGAGUGCCCCUACCAUCUCCCCAGAGCCACCUGAUGAUGGGGACCCCAGUCUACCGGCUCCGCAACCCAGUUCACACACAACCUCGACCACAGAGAGAGCCAACAGCUGCUCAAACCCAAAGCCCAGUCCUAGUGCAGAUGUAGCCCACAUCUAUACUGAGCCCCUCAUAUUGAGGUCAAAUGGCACCCCAGAAAGGUUGCUAGGCGAUGAUGGAGACAAGUGGAACAGCAGCCUCUCACACACGGAGCUCACAACACCCAGCAAGAGCACCACAUCUCAGCCAGCAGCCAGAUCCACGCCCAUCCACCACACCCAGCCAUGUCGGACACAACCCAGCAGCCAACUGCGCAGCGGAGCUAAGCACCACGCACACACACACUCCCCUCACACGCACUGUCCGCAUCACACGCACACUCCUCACACACAUGCCCUCCAGUCCAACGGGGUCAGGAAUGUGGGCCAUCAUGAGCAUCCUAAGCUGGGCUCCCUCCCGAGAGGCGGCUCAUCCACCUCCUCGUCCUCUUCAGCAGGACCCAAACACACCAAGAAAUUACAGUCCAACCCCUCCAUCACCUCCCAGAGCAGCAAGAGGAGCAAGAGCAGCUCCAAGAGCAACAGCUCCCAGAUUCCCACAGAGGCACAGGACGACUGCUGUGUUCACUGUAUUCUGGCCUGCCUCUUUUGUGAGUUCCUAACCCUGUGUAACAUCGUGCUGGACUGUGCCACCUGCGGCUCCUGUGCGGGGGACGACUCGUGUUUCUGCUGCUGCUGUGUGUCGGAGGAGUGUGGCGACUGUGACCUGCCCUGUGACAUGGACUGUGGCAUCAUCGACGCCUGCUGUGAGUCUGCAGACUGCCUGGAGAUCUGUAUGGAGUGCUGCAGCCUUUGCUUCUCCUCCUGAGGCUCCUAGCCACGGCCACAGGGGGCAAAGUAGAUGUCUGCUACACACUACCACAAGCCCGGGAACAACUUCGACAAGUGUCUUAUCAGAGCUGAGAAGCGCUGCGCCCAGUCUUUGUUGCCUGGGCUCUGUGGUUUACACUAUAUUGGCUGGCCUAGUUGGCUCCACAAUAUGUCCAAUGUUUCUUACAGAGUUUGCCAAGAAAAAGAUGUGACCUAAUGCUGAGAGCAGUCACUGGUGAAUUCUUCUUUCCUUUACUGAUCCAGCGAUGGGACAGUAGCCUCCUUGGCCUUGUCUUUGCUGUUGGUCCAUUGCUACACAGCUGGGUGUAUGUUGCAAAGUGAGUUCCAGCUGUGGUCCACGAGUCUGCCAGGCUGUGCAAACUGGGCCUCUGGACCCUCACAGAACAAGCUAUUAUUAGAAUGGAGCCCCUUGUGCUGUCUGAAUGACUGGAGUUCUCCAAGCAUGAAAAAUGACCUCCAAAGGCAAAUGAGAAAAUGGCUCCAUUUAACCGGAUUUUAGUGUUUCUGUAGAUAAGAGCAGAAGCAUAAUGGGAAAAUGGACACUCAGAUCUCAGUAGAAAUGUAGUCUGUCCUCCUGUCCUUGGCAAGGUUAAAGUCUUCCAGUUUGAUUGCGUACCUUUGCAACACACACACCCUAAGUGGAGGAUGUUGAAUCUGCCGCUGUCUUUGUCCUUGUUGCAAUGUUCAAAAUAGAGAAAACAUUAAUGGUGGCUUGUGGCAAUAUUACAGACAAAUUUCUUUUGUUAAUAUGCAUCUCACUUUACCGGACUUAUUCAGAGAAGAACCAUGAGAGCGUCAUGCAUCAGCCUGAUGAUGGGUCCCAUUAAAUGAGUACUGUAAGUGAUGGACAUCGGAGAGCGAAUAGUUGAUAGCAUCUGUCAUGGACACAUUCUCUACUCUAACAUGUGAAGGGAGAGAGCUCUUAAUCAAAAGUCUCUCCUUGUUUAAUGUUUCACAUCCUGUUUAUUUUUUAUUUUAUUUUGAGGGGCUUCGGCUGUAUUCAGUGAAUUCUUCUUCAGAACUGGUAAAAGACUGGUAGAGGAUUGGAAGGCAUCAUCUCUUUUUGAAUAAAUUUCAUUUUUCUUUGUCGUUCUUGCUAUGUGAACAAAUGGCCGUGGCUUAGCUUAAGGCCUGAAUUUUCAAGUAGAUUCCUCGCCUUUACCAAAUCUCUAUUAAUCCUUGUUUUGUAGAUUUUAGUUAAGAUAUUUGCAUUUCUCCUCUAAUGUGAAAAUCACAUUUCUGUGUUAUCGGGUUUUGCCGGGCUCUCUGUAAAGCAGACAUUGCUCAACAUCUAAUUUAAUUCCUUGAGUGAAAAUCUCACAUUAUGCUAAGUUAGAUCCAUAUGCUCGUAGUAUGAAUGGUACGCUUUUGAUAACAGGCCCGCACUCUCAUGUGCUCAGAUUCAUACCUUCUCCAACCCAAUACCUCUUCAGAUGUCACCUAGAUCUGUUGUGCAUUUUAAAAUGACUUGAUACAAAUCGCUCUCCUCUUUGAUCAAAUACUGUUUGUGCAAUCCUUUUUUCUUGGAAAUACCAAAGAGUUUUCCUCUUACUGGAUCGUAGUUUCUAGACCUAUAAUUACUUGUACAUUGAAGGGUUUUUGCUAUGCUGAUGUGGCUGUGGUUGAUUAAACCCUAUUUUAAGGGCUGAAAUAUAACACUGUUGAUUAAGAAUAUACACUAAGGCUGUAAAUCAACCUGAUAACACCAAAGCAGAAAAUGCAAGUUUUUUGGAAAACAACUAAUGCAACUUGAGAAGAUAUUAUGACUCUUCCUGUCUGUUUACAUCAGAUUAGACGUGUUGCAAAUUUUGGGACAUGUUCAUACUCAACUGAAACAAAAUCCUGGAGAGCCCUGGAAAACAAUGCAAUUCUUUACAGUACAGAGAGAUGUAUGAAGGGAGACCUGGAUUAUAUAAUGUUAUGUAUAGAAGUGAUAACAAUGUAAUUAGUUUGGAUUUACAAGAUAUUCCAAGUGCAAAUUCUUACAAUGGUGCUUCAUCUAGGGACAUGUUCUCUGUCACCAGACAAACCUUGUCACAAUAAGAAUAGGAGUGCUUUGUGAAAAAUGUACAAGGGUUGUGCAAGGCUAAUCCAUAUGAAACUAAAUAAAAACUCCUUCCUUAACAACACUGGUUUGUUAACAACAGACGUCAGUCAUUACAAAUAAAUGAAACUGUUUUCUACCACUGGAAUACAAUUUGUACACAUUGAACCUACAAAUGUUAGUUAGCUAUAGAGUCAAUAAGCUAAUUUUAGCAUAACUGGUCUCCACUGUUGACAAUGGCACGGCUCCGCUGUCUGUUAGCCGGCAGUGUUAAAAUAAACAGUUCACCUUGUUUUUAACUGCUUUGUUAAGACAAGCAGGAAUAUGAAUACAUAUUAUCAUAUGUUUCUUACUGGCUCAUUGUACUGCUAAAACAAUAGGUUCACUGUUUUUUAACCCAACCCAAUUGACAAGUUGUUUCCUAUCAUUUAUGACUGCGCAUAACCACAACCCACAACUCCAACUCAAGUUUCAAGAUUCUUACCAUUCUGCUGCAGCUUCUCACUGGGCUCAAACACAGUCCGAAGGGGCAAUCUUUUAGGCCGUCAAAGCCAGGAUAAAUCCAGUUUUCAUAAAUGGGAAGCUCACAGGCAGGCUUAUCUGUGGUCUCAAACCUCAAAUCUCUGUUAUGUUGAAUUGAUUUUAUUUUGCUCAAUUUCCAGCACAGAGGUAACUAGAGAAAUAAAGUCAACAAAAACAUACCUGGUGACAGACAGCAUGGCUUUGCAGCUCUCUUUUUAGCAAUAGAUCAUAUAAAUAUGUCCUGAGGUUCCUGGUUUCCAAAAGUAACUUCACCUAGGUUUUUUAAGAGAUCAAAAAUUCUCCUGUUGGACGGUAAAGUGCAGUGAGAAAGCGCAGCAGAGUGGUAAGUCUGUCAAUACUACAGCUAGGUUUUGCUAUGCAACAUAAAUCAUGUGAAACUACAUUUUAAUAAGGGCUAGGUUGAAAAACAGUGAACACAUCAUUUAAGUUUAAUUUAAUGAUGUUGGAAUAUUUUUUUAUGACUUAGUCAUUAAAUACUACUUUAUGUCUAUACUGAGAAGCGCUUCGCAAUUUGUGGAGAAUGGAGGCAGUCCGGAGGGAUAGAAAACACUAAUUGGUUGGUCUGGAGAUGGAGAACGCUGUCUGGAAGUAGAAAGUCCCCAGAUGAACGCCAGUCUUGCAUUUAGAUCAUUCUCUGGAUUUCAGAGAUGAUUUGAUGUUGUGUCUGUACCAGACAGGUCAUCAUCUCAUUUCCAAAUAUUCCCCCUGUAUUCAGUCAAGCUAUUACAGUAAUACUGGAAGAAAACACAAGUUUACCUUUGAUGUUUUCCAUACUUGGUGUUGACUAAACCUUGACUUUCAUGGAUUUAUUAUCUUAUUCUAAGAUGGAAUUUGGACAUUGAUUGAAAUGGCUGGCGACCUCGGCUAGUACUCUGAAAGUUAUCCUAGCCCAGAUGAAUUGUAACUAGACUGUAGUCCACUAUAAUGUCAUUUUGUUUACACUACCCCCAUUUAAUGUCAAUUUGAAUUGCUGUCCUGGAAGUCACAUUAAAAUAUCCUUGUUUAAUACUGAAUAAACAAUGUGAACUCCA